AUGAGCGGCGAAGACCCGUCAGAGCGCCCGGAGGCCAUCUCCGCCAUCAUCAAUGGGCUGGAGCGGUACAACCCCGAGGCCGUCGUUCACCUGGAGGCAUACCUGGCACAACAAUGCGAGGAGCGGUUCUGCGACUGCAAUGCGAACCGGACUCUCCUGAAGCUGUACCAGCUCAACCCGGACCGGAUCAAGGAUGAGGUCAUCACCAACAUCCUCGUCAAGGCCAUGACCCAGUUUCCCUCGCCGCAGUUCAGCUUGGGCCUGCACCUGCUAGGCCCGACCGCCGCCUCCACCACUGCUGCUGCUGCUUCGUCCACCUCUGGCGCCUCUGAAUUGGCCGAGGCCGUGUCCAAGCUGCGCGCGCUCAACAACCUGCUCGAGGGCGCCCAGUACGCCCGCUUCUGGGCCACGCUCGACUCCGACGACCUGUACGCUGACCUGACCACCGACAUUGAUGGCUUUGAGGAGAUUGUCCGCGUGCGCAUCGCCCAGCUCAUCAGCCACGCCUUCCGCGAGAUCCAGCUAAGCCUACUGGAGCAGUGGCUUGGCCUGAACGAGGAUGCUGUCCGCAAAUUCGUCACCGGCACCUGCGGCUGGAAGGUCGAAGGUACCUCAGCUAUCAUCCCCAAAAACCCCGAGAACGAGGCGAAGAAGUCAGAGAUCCGCGAGGACGUGAACAUCGACAUGUUUGCCCGGGUCAUUCGGAGGUCUUGGGAAGAGGCGGCAUAG